AUGGAUGAUUCUUUAUCUUCGCAUCAAGGAAACAUUUCAAGUGACACUCCAAGUAGCACUCCAACUGAGCCAAUUGAAGAAUCGGUGGGACAAAAAAGAAAACGUACAACCAGUGGACUUCCACCGAAACCAAGUGCUCCAAGGUCCGAGGUAUGGAAUCACUUUACUAAAUUGGAGGACGACAAGGAUAAAUGUAAAUGGAAUUACUGCUUUAAAGAAUUUAAGUGUCCAACAAAGAGUGGCACUAGAGGUUUGAGGACACAUAAUCAAAAAUGUGCUGCAUUUAAGGAUAAUCUUGAUAGUGCAACCCAAAAAAAUCUAACAAUACAUGAAAGUGCAAGUGUUGUUAAAGGUGGUAGUAGUCAGCUUGUGGCGGUUGGAUUUAAUCAAGAGGCUUGUAGGAGGGCAACUGUUAAGAUAAUUAUUUUAGAUGAAUUGCCAUUUUCUUUUGUGGAUGGGGAUGGGUUUAAACAAUUCUGUAGUGUUGCUUGUCCAAAGUUCAUUAUCCCUUCACGAAGAACAAUCACAAGAGACGUAGUUGAAUUGUUCAUGACAGAAAAAGCGUUAUUGAAGAGUGUGAUUAGUGACUCAAGGGUUUCUUUAACUACUGAUAUAUGGACUGCAAGUACUACUACUAUCAGUUAUAUGGUUAUCACUGCUCAUUAUGUUGAUGUGAACUGGCAGUUGCACAGAAAAAUUAUCAGUUUUAAACCAAUUUCUGAUCAUAAAGGUGAAACAAUUGCAAAAGAACUUGAGAAUUGUUUGAUUGAUUGGGGUAUUACCAAAGUUUUUACUAUCACAGUUGACAAUGCAUCUGCUAAUGAUAGUGCACUUAGGAUUUUCAAAACUAAAGUGAGGUGUUGGAGAGAGGAUCCUUUGAUACUGGGUGGAGAGUUUUUGCAUGUGCGUUGUUGUGCACAUAUUUUAAAUUUGAUUGUGAAGGAUGGUUUGGCAGCGGUGGGUAAUAGUGUCGUUAGUGUUCGUAAUGCAGUGAAGUAUGUGAGAUCAUCCAAUUCUAGAUUUCAAGCAUUUCAAAUUCGUGCAGAGCAAGAUAACUUAAGUAGAGGGAGUUUGAUUUUGGAUUGCAAUACUAGAUGGAAUUCUACUUACCUCAUGUUGACUGCAGCUCUCAAGUAUAAGGCAGCAUUUGAUCGAAUGGCUAAUGAAGACAAGUUGUAUGAUGCUUACUUUAAAGAGGAUGAAAAUGGAAAGAGAAGGGUUGGGCCGCCAUCAUCAAUUGAUUGGGAGAAUGUUCAGCGAUUGGUACAAUUUUUAAAAAUCUUUUAUGAUGCCACUUUGUCUUUUUCUUCAUACAAAACUGUGACAUCUAGUCAUUGUUUUGAUGAUAUAUGCACAAUUGAAGUUAAUUUGAAUGUUUUCAGUACUAGUAAAGAUGUGAAUAUGAGUGGCAUGGCUUUGGAAAUGAAGAAAAAGUUUGAUAAGUAUUGGGAGGGGUCUGAGAUAAUUAAAUUGUUGAUUGUUAGUAGUGUGUUGGAUCCGAGGAGCAAGAUGAGUUUUGUGACAAUUUGUUUUGAAAAAUUGUAUGGCAAAGAUACACCAAAGUGUAGUGAAAUGAAAGAAGCAGUAGUGGAUGUCAUGCGUAAGUUGUAUGAGGUAUACAGUGCAUUUUAUGCUAAACCAAGUGCAACUACAAGUCAAAGUGGUGGUGGAAGUGAAAGUGGAUGUGAGAGUGUAAUUCAAUCUUGUGUGACUAGUGAAUUGGUUUUAAAUGUUGGUGCUGUUGGUGAUUUUGCACCGGUUGGGAGUAUUUUUAACAUGUAUACCACCAAUUUGGUAUGUGAAAAAGGAGAUGUGCAACAAACAUCAAAUGAGUUGGAUAUAUACUUGAAGGAAAAGGUUGAAAUGCCAGCUCCUAAUAGAUUGGGUAUGCAAUUUGAUAUUUUGUCAUGGUGGAGGAAAGAAAGUAUGAAAUUCCCAAUCUUGUCACAAAUGGCAGGUGAUGUUCUUGCAAUUCCAGUUUCUAGUGUUGCAUCAGAGUUUGCCUUUAGCACUUCAGGUCGUAUUUUAGACCAAUAUCGGAGUUCUUUGACACCGUAUAUGGUAGAGGCAUUGAUUUUGACACAAGAUUGGUUGCGGUCUUCACUCCAAUCUGAUGCAACAGUAAGCCUGGCUCAGAUAUUAGAAGAAACUCAGUUUAUGGAUAUGCUUACAGAAGGCAAAUUUUCAAUGGCCGCUGAACUUCACUCUGGAAUUGUUGGUAACGAACUUCGGAUAGCACUGCGGUGGAAUUACACGAAGGUCCGAGUGGUUCGUGUUGUUCGUCUGCCAGAAUCAAAAGGAGUGCUGAGAGAUGAAGAGUUGCCAACAUAUGUUUAUGAUGUAGAAGAAUACAAUUUCGACGAAUAG